AUGUCAGCUCGCGAACUCAUCAAACGGGCGGGAAAUCAGGCCACAACGGUUAACCCUGCAUAUGGUGUUGAAUAUGCAAUGUCUACCAGAGGUUCAGACUGGUUGUGGGCCGUGUUCUCCAUUUUUGCCGCCCUCACCGUUGUUUAUUCCAUAGUGUUGAUUCACGCAGAGCGGGUCGGCACAGAUAUCAAAAGAAUUGCGGUGGUCGGACCUCUGGCUAUUUCUCUCGUGCUGGCGUUUUCCUACUACACUAUGGCGUCAAAUCUCGGUUGGACUGCCAUCCAGGCCGAGUUCAACCGCCAUUCGUCGGAAUUCCAAGACACCAUCCCUGGUUUCAGGCAAAUUUUCUAUGCCAAAUACGUGGCUUGGUUUCUCACAUGGCCUAUUUUGCUUUACCUGUUGGAACUUACCGCGACCAUCACAACUAGCUUUGCACUCACCAGCGGAGUAGCAACAAAGGUCACCACAACCCGAUCAUGGUCAUUUUCCUACGUCGCGCACACGCUGUCUGUUGAAAUUGGUGCCAGUUUGAUCUUUGUCAUCGCACUGUUAGUGGGCUCCUUGAUUCAUUCUACCUACAAAUGGGGUUACUGGACUUUUGCCGCGUUCGCCCAGUUACUAGUCACUUUUGUCCUAUUUCGGCACUACGUGCGCGACUUGCUCGUGGCACUUCUCGACUUGACCCUGCUCGUAGUCAUCGAAAUCCUGAUUUUACUUUACCUAGUGGCCUGGGCGCUAAGUGACGGAGCAAAUGUCAUUUCCGUUGACGGUGGUCACGUAUUCUUUGGGGUACUUGACCUCUGUCUAUUUGCCAUUCUUCCAGCCAUUUUAUACUUAGGGAUUAAGUCGCCAGGCAGGGUGAGACCAUUUUCCUUUUGGAAGAUUCGGCAUCAUACACAAUAUGACCUCGAAAAGGGCGAAGCUGCCCUUGCCGCCAAUGCUGCAACAAACUCGGAAGACAUUGCGCCAGCCGCCGUUGUCACAGCUGAACCUGUUGUGACUGAAGGUGGUGUCCACGAUCAACCUAUUGUUGCCUGA